UUGCAUAGCAUCAUGCGAGAUCUGUGUGGUAACCGGAUCGUCCUUUUACCGCCUGACGAGUUUCCACCAGAAGGAGAAGAGGAGCCAACGGUCCUUGACUGCGGCUAUGGCAAAGGGGCGUGGAUUGAUAGCCUGCUAGAGGAACAUGAGGAUUGUGAGGUCACCGGAGUCGAUAUCUAUCUUGGCGACGGCACCGAUGACGAGGAAGAUCCGGAAGACGACGAUGACAGUGACGGGGACGGCGUUGAAGAGUUCGUCAAGAAAAGGUGGAAUCUCAACGCAGCGUUCCGCCAUGAUCGUAGCGCCUCUCGUCUGCUACCGGAGUCCUUUGACCUCAUCAACAGCAGGUUUCUUGCCGAAGGGAUCCAUCGAAGCCGUUGGCCAUCCUACAUCCGUGACCUUAAGCUUUUGCUGAAGCCUGGAGGAUGGGUGCAAAUGGUUGAGCUGGAGCUGCUCUUCCAAUCCGAGAACGGCAGACUUGCUACCAAUUCCAGCGAGCCGCUGAUUAGAUGGAGCGAGGUGUACCGGGAUACAAUGUUGCGCAAUAACAAGGAUCCGCGGAUUGGGCGCCAAAUGGGCAAUCUGCUGAACACAGCAGGUUUCGAGCGAGUCUUUACACGCUCGCUUAGGCUCAACAUUGGCGCAUGGAGCGGAAAUUCCAUCGGCGUCGACAUCCGCGACAACAUCCGCAAGACCUUACGUGCCGUCCUGCUCUGGCCGUGCGCAGGUCAUUUCUCCGGUCAGCAGCCGUAUAUGGACCCGAAUGAAUACCGCAGCAUGAUCCGCGCCGCCGAGGAACAGCUGAUGAACGACAACAUCAAGCCAUACUGUUCCGUAUGGAUCGCUUGUGGUCGACGACCGCUCACACGAAGUCGCAGGUGAACUAAGAUCUCGCAAGAUCAACAAUCCAUGUCUAAGGCUCAAUCACCGUAUAGAAGGAUGCUGGACAAUGCUGCAUUACCUGCCUGGUGAGGUGACAUUGCGCGGGCUGCGCUUCUGCUACAUCGCCAAAACCAUGGACGAGCUCUGACGCACAUGCCUCUCGUACACCAUUCUAGCUUGCGCUAUCUGGGUGUACGAAUGGCCCGCCGGCAUGCACCGAGGCUCAACGAAGACUGCAGCGCCUUCAAGCACUCCCUCCUGCAAUAUUCGUUUGGAACAUUCGUCCAACGUCUGACAGCUGUACACCCCA